AACUUAACACUGUAGUACAAGGUGACAUACUUGAAGGCAUCACCAGACUUUAUGAGUCAAGAGGAUAAGUCCUGCGCUCUCGGCCACAACCCAGAGUCAGCAGAGCACUCGAGAUUCAGAAUCUUUAACCUGGGGUCUAGGAACCAGCUCGUGAUUUUGAGUUUGAGGGUUCCCUAAAAUCAGGUGAAGGAGCAUGAACAAAAGGGACAAAAAGAUUCUCAGAGGUGAGAUUUCUCUCAGAGUAUCCUCCGAUUCCACCUUGCUGAAGAAAUUACCCUUGACAUGCAAAUGAUGGAAACACAUUCGCAUCUGGGGCCUUGGUUUGUGGUUUUUACCAUCAGAUGUUCCUGUGGGUGAGCAUGUCGAGCCUUCUCAGCGAAGCUUGCUGAUUGCAAGCCUUCAGAGGAACGAGGCUAUUUCCAGGGCUCCACACUCAAAUGGGCAAGCUUUUCCAGUAGCUGAGGUUAAUUCUCCAUAAGGUGUUGCAGGCCAGGGUCUUAACGAUUUGACCUUUAUCCUCUUUAGAUUCCCCCUAGGUAGCUACACUUCAAAGCAGAGCUUGCUAGUCAUUCCCUCGGUCCCCUCCUUUCAUCUCCAAAUUAGUGCACAAAACCAAGCCACAUGGAAAAACAACCAAAGCUGAUCGACCAUUUAUUUAUUAAACAGUUAAUGGAAACCCUUGUCCAGGCUCAGAAGCCCCCUCAAGUGACGGGGGAAUGUUGGGUAAAAAUGAUAGGUGGGUGGUGACGGCUAGGUGAAUGGGCCGGGCCAUCACUUUGAUUUCCCGCCCCCACUCUACCAUCUCCUCUGGUCUCGAUAUUAGAUUUUAUUUUCUUGCUUGAGCUUUAACUCCACAAGCCGCCACUACCCCACACUUCUGGUGUCUCAAGGCCCCCAGAGGUUCCUGCGCUUUCUGCCACCCUCACUCGGGGCUCCUGGUGACGCCAUCAGCGCAGUUGCAGCCCCCUGUGGCAGGAUGACUUGAGGAUGUGGAUGAUCUGCGGUACAGCCACAGCCUGGCCAAGGUCCGCAUGCCGCCACCACUCCGGCCCCUGUCCCCCAGCCUGGACCGUGCCUUCCCUACAGGCGUCCUUGUGGACGCAGGAAGCACAGGAGUAAGUCUUCUGAGCCUGUGGAGCAAGGAAGUGGCUGGCAGAGGGACCCCCGGCCUACGGCUUCUUAGCUUGUCAGAAACAAUCUCCCACAGCGGCCCCACAAGAUGACCAGCCUGUUCCGCAGGAGUAGCAGCGGCAGUGGCGGCGGCGGUGGUGGCGGGGCCACCGGGGCUCGAGGGACCGGGACGGGGGCCGGGGCCGGAGCUGGGGCCGGGGCCGGAGAUGGCAGCGCAGCCCCCCAAGAGCUCAACAACAGCCGGCCGGCCCGCCAGGUGCGCCGCCUCGAGUUCAACCAGGCCAUGGACGACUUCAAGACGAUGUUCCCCAACAUGGACUACGACAUCAUUGAGUGCGUGCUGCGUGCCAACAGCGGCGCCGUGGACGCCACCAUCGACCAGCUGUUGCAGAUGAACCUGGAGGCGGGUGGUGGCACCUAUGAGGACAGCUCGGACUCGGAGGACAGCAUCCCACCAGAGAUCUUGGAAAGGACUCUGGAGCCGGAUAGCUCUGAGGAAGAGCCCCCGCCUGUGUACUCACCACCGGCUUACCACAUGCAUGUGUUUGACAGACCUUACCCGAUGGCUCCUCCAACUCCACCUCCCCGGAUUGAUGUCUUAGGCUCUGGACAACCUGCAAGCCAGAGUCGCUACAGGAACUGGAACCCACCCCUGCUGGGCAACCUUCCUGAUGACUUUCUCCGAAUCCUGCCCCAACAGAUGGACAGCAUUCAGGGUCACCCUGGGGGUUCCAAGCCUAUGGGUGGAGAGGGAGGCCUACCUCCAGUGCCAGGACCCGGUGUCUGCGACCAGGACAGCCGCUGGAAGCAGUACCUGGAGGACGAGAGGAUUGCCCUCUUCCUGCAGAAUGAGGAGUUCAUGAAGGAACUGCAGCGUAACCGUGACUUUCUCCUCGCACUGGAGAGAGAUCGAUUGAAGCAUGAAUCCCGGACAUCCAGAUCCAGCAAUGUGGCUGUUGGAAAUGACUUCGCCCUUCCCUCCUCUGUCCCAGGAACCAGUGACACCAACCCCACUGUGUCAGAAGAUGCCUUAUUCAGGGACAAGUUGAAACACAUGGGAAAAUCCACGCGUAGGAAGCUGUUUGAACUCGCGCGAGCUUUCUCUGAGAAGACCAAAAUGAGGAAGUCAAAGAGGAGACACUUGCCGAAGCUUCAGUCGCUGGGAGCUGCUGCAUCAACAGCCAACCUCCUGGAUGACGUGGAAGGCCACGCUUAUGAUGAAGACUUCCGGGGAAGGCGGCAGGAGGUACCUAAGGUGGAAGAGGCCCUAAGAGAAGGACAGUAAGAGGUGCCAGCAGCGUCGCCUUGCCAGAGAUGCUCUGACCAGGUGGAGGUAACCGGGGGAAACAGCAGUGCCCUCCAGCUGCAGCCGAGACAGAUGGUGCUUGCGUACCAGCGCCCAGGCUCCUUCGGCCACAGUCCAGCCCAGACACUGCCACUUUCCAUGGGACUUAGAACUUUCAGAGUUGCUUGUGAUUGGAGGAGGGACCUGGAGCCUUAGAGACAGCAGCUAGCCACAACCUGGUUUGUAGUCUGGCUCCUCUGUCGAGGACGAGCAGAAAUUCAGGAACCACCACUCACAUUAAAAAAAAGAAGAAGAAGAAGAAAAAGGAAAAAAGGGAAAGAAAGAAAGGUCCCAGGAAGCGUCAAGGUUGCAGUUGAGGAACUGGCAAAAUGAUCGAUCCGGAGGCCCUUUGGGCCUGAAAAGAGGGCUUUCCUGCUUCUCUUUCCCAUCACUCCUGGCGUGCCACAACGGGUCUGAUCUAUCCCCACAUCCCACCCCCGCCUUUCUUUCUAAAGGUCUCCGACAUCUCAGCCUUGGAUGGAACUGCUAACUCUUGGCCCGGACCUGCACAGAACUCUGGACGCUGUGGCCUUGCUGGGGUCUAGCUUACAGGGCUGCUUCUUAUUAAGGGCUGGCUGUCACCUCCAGCAGCCUCCUCUUGACCCAGCAGGGAUGGGGAGGGUGACCCCGGAGCUGGAGGACUCUCUCUAAGCUUGGUCUUUCGCUUGGCUGAAGACCAAAGCUGGUUCUUGAUUUACAUCACAGUGGGGCUCCUCAGGGGCUGGACUGGUCCUGCUGUUUUGUAAGGCAGGGAGGUGCUGGAGGGAGGGUGACCCCAACUGAGAAGGUGUGUGUAGGCUGAAGUUGCAGAGGCUACCAGCCUGGGGCAGGGGUGGGGGUGGGGAAGCACCUAGGACAGGAACUAGCUGGGUACCUCGGGUGGAGAACCAGAGCUCACCCGAAGAACACUGGUGAUUCUAGGAACUCUCAGCCGGCACCAACCACUGCUAAGGGGGUGGAGGCCGUAAUUGUGUACCACUCGUUCUAUGAUCUGGGAACUCGCUGACCUUUAGAGAAAGUUGGGAAGUCCGGGGAGGCGCGGGGACCUGGUUGAGAAUGGGAUCCGAUGCUUGGGUGGCGGGGGCUGCUAGGGACUGGUAGGAAAUGGAACCUGCUACCAGUCGAGCUUCCCCGGGCUCGGGAGAGCGGUGCACACAGAGUGACCAAGUUUGGAAACGUAUGCCGGACAGGGUGGGGGUGGGAGACCGCGCUGGCACAGAGUCAGUCCUGUGACCCCUGAAGAGAAGGACGCUUUCCCGCCCACCAUGAGCCCCGGGCGGCUAGACUGUGCUCCAGACGCGUCCGGGCCUUCCCUGCUCCAGCGCCAGGCGCGCGCACGAAGAGAAAGCUGUAGGUCUGUGUGUCACUUUGUUAUUUUUUUCCCUCUUGUGUGUGGUUUUUUUUUUUUUUCUUGGAGCCGUUUCAUAGGGAUUCCGGUAAUAAAGACUUGGUGUUCUCUUGGU